AUGAGUGAAAACAAGACAAGUUUUUUCGGACAUGCAUUCCGUUAUUUCGGUUUGCUUUUUAUUUGUUUAAUCACAUUAGGUAGCUAUUAUAUUUAUGAUAUUCCAGCUGCUUUACAAACAGGUAUUGAAACAUUAUAUAAAGUAGAUAAUGUUAAAUGGAAUCUUUUAUAUUCAGUAUACAGUUUUCCAAAUAUGAUUAUUGUAUUUUUUGGUGGUUAUUUUAUUGAUAACGUUUUUGGUCUUAAAAAAGGUGCAAUCAUUUUUUGUUGUUUAGUUAUGGCCGGUCAAAUCAUUUUCUCAGUUUCAUCAAACUUAAAAUUAUUUUGGUUAGCUUUAGUUGGUAGAACCAUUUUUGGUCUUGGUGGUGAAUCACUUAGUGUUGCUCAAUCAACUUUUUGUGCAACUUGGUUCAAAGGUAGAGGUGAUAUUAAUUUUGCAUUUGCAAUUACUCUUGCAUUUUCAAGAAUUGGUAGUGCAAUUAAUUUCCAAAUCUCACCAAAAAUUGAAAAUAAUGAAGUUAGUAGAGUACCAGCAGCAAUUUGGGUUGGUGCAAUUGUUUGUGGUAUUUCAUUUGCAUCAUGUAUUAUUUUAGUUGUACUUGAUGUUAUUAGAGGUAAAAAAGAUAAAGAUGAUCCAAACACAACAACAGCAUCAUCAUUUAUGGAUAUCUUAAGAUCAUUUAAAGAUGUUUUCCAUUUCCCAGGUACUCUUUGGUUAAUCAAUUUAUCAGUCGUAUUAUUUUAUGUACCAUUAUUUGUUUUCGUUUCAAUUUGUGCAGAUUUCUUCCAAAGUAAAUAUGGUAUUUCAGCAGAUUUAGCAACAUCGAUCGCAUCAGUACCUUAUUAUGCAGCAGUUUCAUCACCAAUCAUUGGUUUCAUCGUUGAUCGUACUGGUCACAAUAUUGCAUUCACCACAUUUGCAUCAGCCCUCUUGGUUGUUGCUCAUGGUUUGUUCGCAUUCAGUGAUAUCAACGUUUGGGCUGGUGCCAUAUUUUUAGGUGGAAGUUAUGCCUUUAUGGCCGCUUCUAUUUGGGUUACCAUUCCAUGUUUAGUACCAAGCAAGAGUUUAGGUUCUGCCUAUGGUUUGGCUUUUGCUUGUCAAAAUGCAGCCGUUGCCUCAUUUGGUUUAAUCAUUAAUGCAAUCAUUGCUCACUUUAACACCAAUCCAGUCUCCUCAGAUUCAAGUGGAUCAUGUGAACCAGCAACCUCUUCUGAUCAUCAUUCAUCACCAUCACCAUCACCAUCAAAUCAUACUUUAUUAAGCUCCACUUCACAUCAUAUAGAUACAAACUCCACAGCAGGCUCAAGUUCAUGUAUUCCAAUACCAAAAUACGCAUCACCAAAUGCUUAUCACGUUGCUGAACUUGUCUUUUUCGGUCUCGCUUGUUUAUGUUUUGUUGUUCAAAUUAUUAUCAUCCUUGUCGAUAUUAAAAAUCGUUGGGUUAAUAUUCCUUCCGCUAAAAUGAAACAACGUGUUAAAGAUUUGAAUCCAGAAGAUGAAAAAGAUCCAUUAAUUAAUUAA